AUGAGCACGGUGUCGAAGCUGAAUGGGAUCGCGUCGGUGGGCGAUCAGAAGACCAAAAUCGCUCAGUACAGAGAUCUGCUGAACGAAAUCUUCGCGGCGCAGAAGGCUGAGGAUUUCAAUGCCUUCGUCGAUCACAUGGUGUCUGAGGACACCCCCCUCGUCAUCUCGCGACAGAUCCUCCAGAACUUUGCUCAGAUCCUGAAGGACCUGCCCACCGAGCUGCACAAGACUGUGGCCACUUACGCCCUUGCCAAGCUGCAGCCCCGCGUGGUUGCGUUCGAGGAGCAGGUGUCCAUCAUCCGCGAGCACCUGGCAUCCGUCUACCAAGAUGAGGAGGAGUGGGCUGAGGCUGCCGCUUGCCUGCGUGCCAUCCCCCUCGACACUGGCAACAGAGUGCUGGAUCCCGAGUACAAGGUCAACAUUUACGUCAAAAUCGCUCAGCUGUACCUGGAAGACGAUGAGGCCGUGCAAGCCGAGACCUUCCUCAACAGGGCCUCGAUUCUCAUCCCUGACUGCAAAGAAGCCAACCUGCACAUGCGCUACAAGGUCUGCUUUGCCCGUAUCAUGGACUACAAGAGGCGCUUCCUCGAGGCGUCGUCGCGCUACUACGAGCUCUCGCAGAUCGUGGGCGAGCGGGAGAGGCUCGACGCGCUCAAGUGCGCCGUGACGUGCGCCAUCCUGGCCAACGCCGGCCCGCAGCGUUCGCGCGUGCUGGCCACCCUCUACAAGGACGAGCGGUGCUCCAAGAUCGACAUCUACGACAUCCUCGAGAAGAUGUACCUCGAGCGCGUCCUGAGGAAGCCCGAGGUGCAGAAGUUCGCUGCCGACCUCAAGCCCCACCAGAUGGCGCUCCUCUCCGACGGCUCGACCGUGCUCGACCGUGCCGUCAUCGAGCACAACCUCCUCUCGGCCUCCAAGAUCUACAACAACAUCACCUUCUCCGAGCUUGGCUCUCUCCUCGAGAUCACUCCCGAGAAGGCCGAGCAGGUGGCGGCGCGCAUGAUGGUGGAGAGCCGACUCCAGGGAAGCAUCGACCAGAUCGACAAGCUCAUCCAGUUCGAGACUGACGGUGGCUCGCUGAACCUCUGGGACAAGCACAUCGAGGGAGCGUGCCACACCAUCAACGUCAUCGUGGAGAACCUCGGCACCAAGUACCCCCAGUUCAUCCAGUCCUAA